AUGUAUCGUUUCUAUAUUAAUUGUCAUCAUUGGAGACCGACACGUCAACAAUGGAUUUAUGCAAAUCGUUGUCUACCAAUUGAUGAACUUAAACGUAUAGACCAAUAUGUUUAUCAACGUGAUGUUAAAUUUACAUUAAUUGGACAAUUAUUAAUUCGUUAUCUUUUAAAUCAUGUAUUUCAUGAAAAAAGUUCAUCAUUUCGAAUUCAACGUACAAAACUUAAUCGUCCAUUUAGUCAAUUAAAUCCAUCAUUUGAUUUUAAUCUUUCACAUCAUCAUCAAUUAGUAUGUAUAGCAGGUACAUUUCAUGGACAAAUCGGUUGUGACACAAUACUUUAUCAAACAAAUCAAAUUCGUAAAGAAAAUUAUGAAUUAUUUCGUAAAAAAUUUACAUUAAAUGAAUAUGAAUUAAUCAAAAAGAAAUCAUCAAAUUUUUAUCGUUUAUGGUGUUUAAAAGAAAGUUAUAUUAAAUGGUUAGGUAUUGGUAUGGGUUUUCAAUUAUUAAGAUUAAAUUUUCAUAUGGAUGAAACAGAAGAUUUGAUUCCAAACAAAAUUAUUUCCAAUACAAUAUUGAAUAUUGAUAAUCAAUUAAAUACAGAUAAUAUUCGUUUUGAUGAACAAAUUAUAUUUUUAAACGAUAAUGAACAACAAAUAAUAACUUUAUGUUUAUCAAGAAAUAAUCAUUGUCAAUUAUUUGUUGAAUUAAAUAUUGAUGAUAUUCUACAUGGUUGUACACCAUUUGAUAAGAAUAAAGAAGAUGAUUUGAUAUCCUGGGAGAGAUUUCAAAUGAAAAGACAAACAGAUCUAUUUUGA